AGGAAGCCUCCCACUUUUGGAGAUGCGUCUACGAUUGCCUUGGAGCUGUUAAAUUCUGGAUACGAGUUUGAUGAAGGAACAGUCAUCUAUAAUCGGUUCAGGUCUGUUAUUUCUUACAAAACCGAUGAGAAACCAAUCUAUUCUCUUGAAACAGUUUCUGGUGCUGAAAGCAUGAGCAUCUACGAUGACAUUGAUGCUGAUGUCCUGCGGAACUAUCAAGAGUUUAUCUUGGCCAACAUCAUCUUCUAUUCACUGAAAGAAUCGACCACAAGUGAGCAGAGUGCUCGGAUGACUGCCAUGGAUAAUGCCAGCAAAAAUGCCUCUGAGAUGAUUGACAAGCUGACGCUGACAUUCAACCGUACACGCCAAGCUGUCAUUACCAAGGAACUGAUUGAGAUCAUCUCUGGGGCUGCAGCACUGCACUAA